CGUUUGGUGCUGAUGUUGCUGAGCUGCAGAUCUUCGGUGGGAACAGAGUGAACAGAGACGAGCAUCACUGCAGGGAACAGACCUGUCUACCUCACCACAGUGUCUUUACUAGGAAACCUCAGCGGCAGCAGCACGAUGACUCUUACAGCAUACAGAGAGAAGAUGCGAGAGCUCCCCCUGGUGUCUCUCUUCUGCUCCUGCAUCCUUCCUCAGCCCAAAGAAGCCACAGUCGACAAGGAAGCAGGCGUGGUGGACCUAAACCUGUGCAACAUCCGCGACAUGGAGGUGAUCGAGCUGAGCAAACGGACGAGCGGUCAGGCAUUCGAAGUUAUCCUGAAGCCGCCCACGUUUGACGGUGGCCCGGAGGUCAGAGCCACCACGCCGCCGCGACAGAAGCCUUCGCUGGAAGAGAUCCAGAAGAAACUGGACGCUGCACAGGAGAGAAGGAAGUGUCAGGAAGCAGAGCUGCUGAAACACCUGGCCGAGAGGAGGGAGCAUGAGCGGGAAGUCGCUCAGAAAGCUCUGACCAAAGAGCGCCAGGAGCACCGCGCUGACGCCGACAAGCAACAGUGGGAGAUGCACCUGAACGCCUCGCAGGGAUUGCUACAGGAGGAGGACAAGCACAGUGUGGAGGUGUCUUGAUGGCCUGAUCACAACACAAGCUGAACUUUCUUUGGAAGCCAUUUUUGGAAGGUGGAGGAACCUGAAGAUUAAUAUGCCGGCAGCUCGACGCUGCUCCGAAAAAUGUGAGACAAGAAGAAGAAGUAGUAGAAACUGAGAGGUGGAUUUGGGACGAAACAUCCAAACUCUCGACAUUCGCCGGAUCGUCCACGUCUCCUUCCAACAAGAUAAACUUGUGAAACUUUAUGAACUGACGCUGCAGAUUCAGUCAUUACUUGAUGGUUUACAGGGGGGUUUUCUGUGCUUUGUUGCCACGCCAACAGUGCCAAUGUGUUCACAUGAAUGAUUGAGCGUCAAAGAUUCCAUUGUCUUCAUGAGUUCCUGUAAAGUUACAUCCAACCAACCAACCAAACCGACCAACCGACACACCCACCUGACAGAAACCUGGACUCAAACCCAAAUGACUCACAGGAACGUUUAAUUUAACAGUGCAGAGUUGACUCAUGUGUGGAGUCUCUGCUCCCUGGAUGACCAGAUCAUUGGAGUGAAACAACCCCAUCUGCUGGACACUUUAAAUCAUGAAAGCUGUGUGAAACGAGUCUGUAGGAAAAGUAAAACAAAAGGAAUCAGGACUUGAGACAGAAAUACAUUAAACACCCCUGAGACACGUAGGUCAAGACUAAGAUGAGUCAAAAUCCACACAAGGCUGGAAAAGAUCUGCCAGUCGGAGAAGAAGCCGAGCCAGAGCAUCACAAAAACCCAGAGACAAGCCUGAGU